CGAGAAAUCUAACAAUUCCGUGAUUUUAGGCACAAAAUGCGCACUGGAAUCUUUGUAGAGCUAUGACUUUUUAUCCAAAGCAAGAAAUGGGAACUGUUAGGCUAACUAUGAUAUGAAGAUACAACGGCUGACUGCUGCUUGUUGCAGUUAAAAGUGUUUACUGAAUGCAUUAUAUAUCUAUGAUAUAUCUAUGGCAACAUGGAAACACCGUUCUUUCUACCUCAGCCUACUAGAACCAAGAACUCUUCCAGAAGUGUCUCCGACAGAAGGACUUUUCAAUGCGGAGAACCCGGAGACGGAAAGCAAAUGCAAAACCCAGGUGCACCCCAAACAAAUAAAAACAGGCUGAAACGAACAAAAACACACAAAGGAUUGGAACAUUUUACUGACUGCGGAAACAGUCUAACCCACGUGACUGAGACCCCGGAGUCCAAUGCAUCUUGUGACGUUAUUCUCAUUAAAGGAAAACUAUUUGCAGAUGCUGCUAUACCUGACGUCACUGGCGGUAAAGACCAUUCAGUUUCUCUUCCUAUAUUACCAGAUCUUCUCACAGAAAGCAUAAGAAAAGAAGGACACCAUUCUCAAACAGUGCAAAAAGUUUCUCCAAUGCAAAACGAGGUAUCUACAAAGAGGUCUCUAAAACGCAAUAAACUGACAUUAAAGAGGAUGAGCAGCAACGUGGGUGUGCGGUUUGUCUCCAUUCCUGCUGGUUCACGUGACAUGAGCUUUAAGCCAGACAUUGACCAUUUUGCAGCUGAUAAAGAGGUGUUGUCCAGAUGUUUACGAAUAAACACUAGUGAGGGGGACCGUUUGAUGGAUCAGCCAGAAGUUAACAUUGGACAAAUCCCAGAGAGCACAAAACAUCAUGAAAGUGGCCAAACCCUGACUCCCAUCACGCCUCGGACUCAGCACAUCUGUAGAGAAGCAACAAAUGUCAAAAUCCUCAGGGAAAUGGUGUCUGGCUGGAGAAAUGAAUUUCCCAAUGAAAUCAGCAGUGAGUUUCUGGAAGAGAUUCAGAUACUCAAUUUGCAGUUUCCCAUCCACAGGUUUCUCACUCUUCUCCUGAGGAAGAGAACUGAACAUGAGGAGGACUCGGAGAGUUCUGCUUUGGACGCAGAAAAAACUGACGAUUCCAAGCAUCCUUCAGCUUCCUCUGUCCAGAGAAAGAGAAAACGAGAGGUUCAAGAACAGACGUGUGACAGGACAUACAAAAGUCACAGGACAAACAAAGGCAGUAUUUCUGCUGCUAAGUUGGAUUUUCAGCAAUUUUCAGAUAGUUUGACGAACUCUCACACAAAAUGCAGAAACCGACUUAGCCGAACAAAACGCAGACAGCAGCAAACUGCAUUCUGUGCUGUUGUCACUGAACCAAUGCAGAAUGAGUCUGUUUAUCAGGACCCGUGGCCCAGUUGUCUACAACGGCAGGAUGCCCUCUGGACAGAUAAAUAUAACCCUCAACAGUCUAGCGAAGUCAUUGGCAACUCUGCAUCAGUACGGCAACUACACAGCUGGUUAAAAGAAUGGAAAAUAAGAGCAGACAUUGAGGAGAGGAGAAGACGACAAGAAGAAAGGAGGAUGAAAAAAGAAAACAGUAAUGAGUCGUGGGACUGUGGUGAUUUUGAGGGUGAUACUGUAUUCAUAGACCAUGAGAAGGAGCUGUGCAACACAGUGCUCAUGAUCGGUCCAUCAGGAGUGGGCAAAACGGCUGCUGUUUAUGCCUGUGCACAGGAGCUGGGAUUCAAGGUGUUUGAGGUGAAUAGCUCAGUCCUGCGCUGUGGUCGUCUCAUUCUAUCACAGCUGACAGAAGCGACUCAGUCUCAUCAGGUGGACAUACAGAGAAUUAAAACCCUCAAACCUGAAAUCAUUAACCAAAGCAAAAUAAAUCCUGCUCCACCUUGCGAUGAAGCCAAUAGAAAGGUUACUUCAUCUAAGGAGACUUCAAGUUCUCCUAGUGUUUCCUGUCUAAGCGGUAAACCACAACCAUUAAAACUCACUCACUUCUUUAAGUUGAGUAGCAAAAGAUCUGUAGGUAAAACAUCUGAUGGACCUGAACGCUGUAUUCAUGCUGUCGAUCUGAAACCGGGUAGACUUCAAAGUAAAAGGUCUGGUUUUAAGGACAAGAGACAAGGAGAUAAGGAGUUGGCAUGUACUUCUAAAGAUUCUACAUCAGUUGGGCAGAGUCAAUCAAUCCCCAUGUCACUCAUUCUAUUUGAGGAGGUUGAUGUCAUUUUUCCUGAAGAUGUUGGAUUUCUUGCAGCUAUUAGGACUUUCAUGAGCAAAACCAAAAGACCCAUAAUUCUGACAACCAACGACCCAUUUUUUGGUAGAAGACUUAAGGGGCAUUUUGAUGAAAUCCAUUUCCAAACUCCUUCAUUGCAAACCAUCAGGAGCUAUCUGCAGUGCCUGUGUGUGGUGGAGAACAUGAGGACUGAUCCAGAAGACAUGGCUUUUCUGUUGUGUCAGAAUAAGGGGGAUAUCAGACGGAGUAUUCUCCAGCUUCAGCUCUGGGUCUGUAGUGGUGGAGGGAGAACAGAACUACAAAUUCUCAAGAAUACACUCAAAUGUAGAUCAUGGAUUGAGCUGGAAAACAGCAGAUGUCUGGAGAUCCUGGCAGAGAAAACGGGAGGAGGUCUACUCUACUCCAACAUCGAAAGACUAUUUUCUCCAGAUUUCACAUCUCAAUCCUCGCAUCAGCAAGAGUCAAUAAAGCCCAAGACUAAAGGAGAAAAGCCAGUCAAAGGCUUGAUGUUACAUACCUCUGCAAAUGUACACAGGGUUAAGUCAGACAGUCUCUCUACAUGCAGAGGAAAAAAACGUUUGUCAUCGUGUGAGGCAAAAAAUAUUUCUAACCCACAUUCAGACCGUACACUUUUCUCAGUUCCCUCAAAGCAAACUAAUCAUUUGUCUUCAGAAACAGAUGGACAAGACAAGUCACUCAUGCUGUUUUUUCAGCAUUUGGUGUGCAUUGCAAAGUUUUUUGACAACAUGUCUUUUCUGGAUGGUUAUUUACAAAGACCAUCUCUCAGUGGAACUGGACAUUGCAAACCGGAACCUCUUGGUUGGAUGGGUGCAACACUGAAUGAUAGCUUAUUGGACUUACCAAGAGAGGAGCAGAUUGGACAAUGUUUUGAGAAUUCCUUAGAGAUAUUGGCCAUUGUGGAAGGUUUGGGUUUUCUUCAGUGCCGGACUGAACUCUCUGGAAUCUGGACGGAAGCUGCGAGGCUGAGGGAGAAGUUGUCUUCAGAGAGAUGGGAAAAAAUAAUUUGUGCCCUUUCUCUGCCAUCUGACAAAAAACCCCUCAAAUUGUGUCUCUGCAAAUUCUGUGCACCUAGUGGUGUCCAGAAGCGCAAGGAAAUUGUAUCCAUACUGAUCUCCAGCAAAAAGGUCUUUUGUCAUAGUAAUAAACCUGCUCUUUCCAUGGACUACCUGCCCACUCUGCGCUCAAUAUGUAGAUCAGAGAGAGUUAAAGAACAGCACUCGGUCAGACAUUCACACUACCUCUCAAGCCUUCAGCUUCCCAGAAGCACGCUGGAGCUUAUGGCCUUGGAUUUCCCUUGAUGUGUGACCAAUGUGCUGCUCCAGAAAACCUCCAUGACUUCUAAACUGUUUACUGUUUUGUGACAGGAAUGUGACUUUUGUUUGUACAUGAUUACAGAAAUAUAUA